AGUUUAGCUAAGGUGUAAAACAACUAACGGUUACAUUCAUACAUCAACGUAAUAUCUUUAAUGGAUAUUGCGAAAAAUGGUACACGUAGUAAAAGUUUUUUUUUUUAAAUUGUUUAUCAAUUUCAAAGAGGAUGUCACAAGAGGUGUCGAAGAAACUAAAUUUGCACUCUCUUCCGAAAAUCUUAUUAAUUUGAUACUUUUUUGUUUUUUCAAAAUUUCUUAUAGAAUUGAUUUAAAUUUUGAUCAAUGUAUCAAAGACAAAAGAAAUCCGCAUGUACGAUACCCAUAGGAAGUAUUCAUGACUUUGUUAUUGUUUCUAUAAGUUAUCUUUUAAAUAAAACCAACAUUAAAAGAUUCAAUAGAGUCGAUUAAUUUCUUAGAUUGAAAAAAAAAAAUUAAUUUUUUUAGCCAAGGUUUUUUUUUUGUUUCCAAAAUUAUAAUUAGAAUAUGGUUAUUAACGGGAAUACGGCAAAAAGCGAAACUUGUUUCUUUUUUCUUUUUAAUUGGAAAUACAUGUAUCAUACUUGAUUGUUUUCUUCAGAAAUAAAAGACGAGGUGGUUUUUCGUAAUAAGAUAAUAAUUUAAGGUAUUUCAAAAAUAUUAUUUCGACGAGCGGAAUCCGUAAACCUGCUAUUUCGAGUUGAAUACCAUGAUCAAGGUGUAAUCCAGUUAUUAGAAAAUGAAAGCACUUUAAAUUAGGAUUGCAACAAAUACAUUAGAUAAAAGGCAAUAAAUAUUUGGAAUCAAAGAUUUUUUGUAAAAUUUUAUUUAGAAACAAGUGAAGAAAAAAGAAUAUUAUAAAUAAAUAUUCAUGUCGCGUUGUUACAAAGAACGGUCACCAAGAGAAUUGAAAAUCUCAAAAAGUGAAGAACAAGUCAACGUGAAGAAUUAUACAACAAAUCGAUUAACUCGACCAUGCAUAGUUGAGAAGAUAGAGUGUCUUCAAGAAACGCCUACACAUAUUAAAAAAACUUCAAAAUGUCCUGCUCCUCGUUUGAAAAAACUAGCUUCGAGCAAUAGCUCACACUCGUUUUAUUCCUUGGAGACUGUCAAAUCAUUAGAUAGUUCCUCUGAUAACAUGGGGUUAUCUCCAUGUAUGGGACAACGACCAGAUUCACUAACUAGUAAACUAGAGGAUGCAACUUGUUCUAAAUGUUGCAUUAGUGACACAACAACAGAAGACUCCGUUGUUGAUUGUGUUGUUUCUAAUUCGUUACAUACAUCAAACUGUAUCUCAAUGGCACAAAAGAGCUCACAAAUUUUUCCAACAUCCAACCAAGAAAUCAAAAGUAAUACUUUUUUUGAUAUUUCAGCUUAUAUUAAAAAAAAAAAAUCUCUUUAUGGUUGUCGUAAUCUUGACGAAAACUGUUCGACUCCUCGUUUGGAUGAUUUAGUUAACACGAAAAGUGUGACCGCUUUUAAAGGAAGCACUACCCGUGCAUUACAAAAUCCCAAACAAAACGUAACCGAUUUGUUAAAUGCGUCUGAGUACGAAAGAAACCUAGUUCAAAAAGAUGAAAAAGAAAAAACUACAGCUUAUAUGGUCGAUGAAAAUAUUUUGAUUAACGGAACAAAUGAUAUUUUAGACAAUCCAUUACUAACAAAAUUCACUUCUCAGCAAUCCGAUACUGUGUAUUCUUUUUUACUGGAUUCUCCUAAAACGUCAAGUAUCCUUCGCCUGCCGUCUCAUUAUGGUAGUGAUAAGGAGUCACAACGUCAGCCUGCUAACGUUUCGAGUGAUCAACUUGAACAUAUUAAUAAAAAGACUAUUUAUAUUCUCCAUGAGAGCGUUUGCUACCCUGUUAGCUGGUAUGAUGAUACAUGCCAUAAGGAUAUUAAGGAAAUGAUUUUUUGUACAUGUGAUUCGAUUGUUGAUUCCGCUUUUGUUUUGCGAGAAGUUAUAGUAUCAAAUGGCAUAACAAAGAGCAAAAGUCAAGAUACAUUGGCUGAAUUUAAUGAACUUUUAUUUAAAAAUCCUCAAUUUUAUUUGAGCACCCUGACUUAUACAUUAGGGCGAAUUUACGAAUUUGAAGAUUUCCAUCUUUUAUCUUCCGAAAGUGUCUACAAGCUGGAGCCAUCAAAUAAAACAUUAGAUUCAAACAAAUUAAGAGGAAAUCGGUUAAGACGGCUAAGAGUACGAGUCGACCCUUUUCUUCAUAUUGAAAGUAUUCGAGCCAUUAAUAUUAUGAGAAAAGGAGCUAAUUUAUUAAAGCAUACAAAAGGAGGUUUUCCAUAUUUACGACAAUUUCAAUUAAGUUCGGAUUGUGAGAGAUUACUAUGCUAUGAUUCUAAAGAUAAUCAAACAGUUUCGGUUAUUUUUAUUAGAAACAUUCAAGGAAUUAGGCUUGGAGAGAAUUCCACGUUAUUAAGCGAAUGUCAGCUUCCAGCCUUACGUCAUUUAUCCUUCACGAUAUAUUAUGAUACAAGCGGUUUAUUACCAUCAACAAUUUUUCUUAACUCGUUUCCUGUUGUAACACAAGCACUUUACCAAUCCUUAUACAUAACAUGUAAAGAUGAGACUGAGUUUGAAAAUUGGGUUUGCGGUUUAAAAGCUUUAGUAUUUCAUCACCACCAAUUACCAAUAUCGAAAGAAGAAUUAAUGAAUCAUUCAAGAAAAUUUCUAAAAGAAAUUUAUACACCACAAGAUAGUUGUACUACAGCCGUUCCGUCGCUUGAUAAUGUAGAAAGUUUAACUGGACUUAACGAUUGUCUCGAGCUUCCCUUUCAUUCCUCCUCGGAUUUACAAACAAAGUACUACCGUUUGAGCGACAACUGGCUAAAUUUAUUCGAAGAAAUUGAACAGUUUGAUAAAAGAUUUCCAAAUGAGUAUCCUAAAGAUUUCGAAUCCAUCGAUUUAGAAUUAAAUGAUUUCAAUUUGUUAUGUUUGGGCGAUUUUCAAAAGCAAAAAAUAUUUAACAAGAAUAGUGAAGCAUACACAUCUUUAUUGCGUAUCCCUACUUUGGCAAAUUUAAAACCCUUCCUAUCAAUGUUUUCGCCAAAACAAACUUAUGCAGCAGAUGAUCGUCUUGAAUAUAUGAAAAUGCGAGAGUUGACUUUUUCUUCUAAAAAAAUGCUGAAUGAUUCCGCUCAACGUUUAGGUCUUGAAGGUCUUGAUGUUUGUAAAGAAGGUCAAAAAAACGUAAACUAUUAUGAAGAAAAAAAUUUACACUCUAUAAAUGAGCUCUUGUGGAAAGUGCAGGUGGAUUUGGAAAAUAUUCAUGAUAUGCUUCAAAGAUUAUACCAAAGACGUGAUUUAAAAUAUAAGGUCAACUUCCUUCCUAAAAACUUAAACGUAACUGAGGAAAUUAUAAGUUUUCGUAAAAAGUUUUCCUCUGCAAUAACGUCAAUCAUGCCCUUCUUUUCUUAUUAAAAACAAAUCCUUCAAGUCUGACAGAAAUCACGGCACGAGUACUAGCAAAUAAUGUUUCCUUUUUCUUUUGAUAGUCACUAACAAUAGAAAAACUUGGAAAUAGUAAUAUUUUAAAUAAAAAUCGGUUGUAUUUGUUUUAAGCCAUAAGUGGUAUUGUUAAAUUUAAGAAGCAAUUAAGAUCACAGAAGAAAAUACGUGUACAACACUAACUU